AUGGCUUAUUAUCUUACAGACGGUAUCUAUCCGAAAUGGGCAACAUUUAUCCCAGCAAUCAAACAUCCACAAACUGGUAAGCACAAAUUAUUUACCAAGAAGCAAGAGAGUUAUCGAAAGGACGUUGAACGUGCCUUUGGAGUGUUACAAGCUCGAUUUGCAAUAAUACGUCAACCAAGUCUAGCAUGGUCGACCGAAAUUUUAUGGAAAAUUGUAAUGGCUUGUAUUAUCAUGCAUAAUAUGAUUGUUGAAGAUGAGCGAGAUGGAUAUUUGCAUUAUGAUGCAACUGAAUUUAUCAAUGAUCAACCGCAAAAUGUAGCUGAAUCAUCAACUACCAACAACAACCAACCAUUUACUGUGAGAAGUGGACGAUUGGAUAGGCUCAAUCUAAAUGGUUAUAUGGAAAAUAGAAAUAAUGUUCGUGAUAGGGAGACCCGUAUUGCACUAAAGAAUGACUUGGUUGAACAUAUAUGGGGACGUUUUGGCAACGAAUGA